AUGUAACACUAUAUACUUUAGCAUGAAGAAAGUGAUGCCUUUGCUUUUCAUUAUUUCAAGUAUAUAUUUAUAUUUUCAUAUGUCGCAAGUGAUAGUGAAUUUACAAGAUUGCCCUUACUGCUAUGGCAAAGACUUUUGUAAUAAACUAGAAAACGAGAUAAAUUAUAAACAAUUAUCCAUAAUUGAAAGACUUUACAAUAGUAUAAACGCAAAAAACGUGUUCUAUGCCUACAUUGGUGAUCAAAAAGUGGUUUUAAAAAAAUUGGCUCAUAAUUAUGAACUAAAUGAUCUUAACAAUUUUAUAUGUAAAAAGAACAAUUUAUCUUAUAAUUGUAAGCUUAAUAUAAUUAAGGACACGCAUGAUUACUAUAAAGAAAUUGUUGAAUUAAUUACUACAGAAGAUAUUGAUGUAGUAAAGAACUUCAAAGUGUGUUCAAAAUAUGGAGCAGAUUUAUUUUUGAGUACUCUAGCAGAUUUUAAUCAAAACCUAAAGGAAAACGAACGCCUAAUAAGUAUUUGGACAACACUUCAAAUUAAUGUUGAACCACUUAUUUUACAUAUUUUAAACAAGAAAAAAAUUAAAUGGCCUGUUCCAAAGUAUUACGGUGCAUGUGGAAAACUAAUAAUAGAAAGUUAUAACGGUUUAAUGUUAACUGAACUUGCCGAUUUGGAUUGGUCACAAAGGACUUAUUUGGCCCUUCAGAUACUAGAAUCAGCAUUGAUAUUUACUGAGGGAGACGAAAAUUUCAGAUAUUACUUAACAGAUGUUUCACCCGAUAAUAUCGCUGUUGAUUCCGCAUUAAAAAUAACUUUUAUAGACUUAGAAAAUGUUAUAAUGGUUCCCAAAUUACCUAAUAAAAGUUUAACAGUUCACAGAAGUGAUCACUGGGACGAAGAUAGUGAUUUUUCUUUUUCCGAGAAACAAUUAUGUGAAAAUUCAGUGAGCGAUCACAAUAUUUACGCCGUUUGCAAGUUAAUUCUGUCAGCAAAUGCACCAUAUCCGAUGAUGGCAGGAGGACUUCUUCACCAUCCACCGACAGAUCAAAGUUCAAAACAUAAUUCAAUUUUGGCAAACAUUGAAUUAUGUGCAAACCCUAAUCAAAAUGUUGAUAGGUUCUUAAUAUCUCGAAAAAUAAUUAGUGACUUAGAAGCACUACAUAAAUCAAUUCAGUUAGAUUAGUUUACAGUUACUACAUUUUGUUAUACUUUACUCUGAAUAAAAUACUUUAAAAGUA